AUCUGGUCAGGUCCCUUCCUGUUAUCAGCCAAAGAUACAAAGGUGCUGAGCAGUGUCACCCGUGUCAAAGUUUCCAUGAAUAUUUCAGAGGUUGGCUGAUGUCAACAGCAGCUGAAAACCGCCUAUAAAGAGGGGGAUCUCUAUACAGGAGACUUCAGAGACCCUCCAAACACCCAAGGAGCCUUCGCCAAUUUCGCACUCUUCUCCACCCACCAAAUAGAAGUCUCCUUCUGUUGAGCUUCAGCACCAUGGUCAGCGCACGGGCUCUCCUCCUCGCGGCCACCUGCUGCUGCGCCUACCUGUGGCUCGCCCGUGCAGAGGACUCCUCGUUGGAGACGCGCGCGUUGGAUUUCCCGCUUAAGACCCAACAGGAGAAAGACCUGAUUGACGCUUUGCAAGAAGUUCUGGAAAAGCUGAGGAGCAAAGAGAUGCCCUUAGAGAAGAAACUGGGCUGGCUGCCGUCGUGUGACGCAGGGGAGCCAUGCGCCGUGCGUAAAGGCGCUCGUAUCGGCACGCUGUGCAGCUGCCCCCGGGGGACUUCCUGUAACUUUUAUGUUCUAAAAUGUUUGUGAAGGAAAAGGAUAACGAAUGUGCAAGAAACACAAGAGGAAGUGACAGAAAGAGGCUAUAAUCCCUCCGUAAUGUGAGAUAAGACGGGGAGGGUCGCUAAUGUUCACUGUGUGAUAAAAAAGUAAAUAAAAGUGCGAUGUGGUAUGCGAUUAAUAAAGGACGUCUUUCUUUCAUAAACCUGGAUUAGGAAAUGUUGGAAUAUUGGUUUUGAAUAGGUGUAAAGGUCUGCAUGCAUCUGUCUCUGUUUUUUCUCUGAUGAUUGUGACACAGGGGGAAGUUAUUUCUGUUUGAUUGUGAUAUCUUGUAACAGACUUUGAAUGUAGUUUUUUGUGAUAAAUCCAGGUUUUUUAUUUAUUAUUUUGUUUGUUUUUUUGUUUACGGGAGAAGAUGGUUAGUUAUCC